AAUUGAUCCAGGUACCAAGCCCAAUUCGGUGUCUCACACGUCACACCGACCCUCCCUGAUCAAUUGACACCACGCCGUUCUCCGGCCCGCCUCGCUUCGCUCCGACCACCGCAACACCAUGGAACCGAAAGCCGCCGUCGAAGCCGACGCCGACGAUGAUUACAUGGGGGACCUCUCCCACUUCCUCCCGCCGAGCCCAUCCUCCCCAUCCAGGAGCCUCGGGGUCCGGAAGCAGCCCCCCGCGCCGGCGGCUGCGCAGUCGAAGCGCGCCAAGGGGCUGCCGUGGAAGGAGCGGCGGCGGCAGGAGCGCCAGAGGAUCCAGCAGGAGGAGGACGCGCGCACCUUGGCAGGGAUGGCGGAGGCCAUACCGGAGAGCAACGUCGGGUUCAAGCUUCUGAAGCAGAUGGGGUACGACCCUGCAGCCGCCGGCGCUGAUCCGGUCGGGAUCGAGAUCCGUCGCUCCCGGGCGGGCCUCGGGGCGGAGCCGCCUGUUUCGGUGGCGCCCCUGCCGCCGCCGCCGGCGAAGCCGAAGACGCAGGAGGAAGAGGAGAGGGAGAGGAAGCGGGAGGAGGACAUGGUGGUGGAGCUGAGGGCGAGGAAGAGCACGCAGUGGAGAGGGCGGAGGGUGGUGUGGGACUACCGCAAGGCCGAGGCAGCGCUCGCGCAGCUGGAGAACCGGGAGGUGGAGCCACCGGCACCGGAUGGGGAAGAGAAGGAGAACGGAGAAGAGGAUGAGGAAGAGGUGAUCACCGAAGAGGGUUUACAAAUCAUAUUGGAUAAGCUACGGGAUCAACACCUCUAUUGCCUUUACUGUGGAUGCAAGUAUGAAUCAAGAGAAGCACUUGCAAAUGAAUGCCCUGGGCCUAAUGAAGAGGACCACUGAUACACUCUGUCAAUGAUGACAAGGGUUCACGCUACAGAUAGAAUAAAUGUGACAUUUGGAAUAUGUUGAUUAGUUGACUGCAUAUGGUUUUCUCUCACUAGUUGAUAGCCAUUUACUGUAGAAAUUGAGCCCUUCAAGCUGGUGGAAGUCAUAUCUUCCAGAUUUCUACGAUGUGGAUUAUUUUUCCAUAUCAAAUUUCUCAAGAUGGAAAUCCUUCUGUGUCAGUUUUGUAUAUGGUUUGAGCUGCUCCUCAAGCAGAGAUUGAAAGAGCACAAGUUAUGGCUUUAACAUGUUCAAAGCCAGAAGACAAUGAGUGUUCAGCGGUGGCGAAACAAGAGGAGUUCCGGUUUGCAAAAAUGAUAAUCAGAGAUUGCACUAAAAGUUCUCCAUUUCUACUGUGUGGUCGAGGGCUGUAUUCAUCAUUCAUGAACUGAACUGUUGAAGUUUGGCAUCUUGGGAAGGCUGCUGCUGUUAUCUCUGGUUCUAGCACAUAAAUAAUGCUACACCCAAUGCCGGAAUCUCUCCACAGUGCAAUGCUACUUUCUUACAAUGAUGUCGAUCUUGCAUGCGAACUAUCCAUGAUCACUGUUGGUUGAUCGCAGCCUGACAGGCUAACAUGUGGCCACAGCCCACAAGAUUAUGCAUAUGAGUUCAAAUGUUAUGCUAUAAUGGCUGAUUCAGAGCUGAUGCAUGUGUCACCGAAUUCCUUAUUCUCCUUCCAAAUGUGGGCUCCCUGACUCUGUUUGGGACCUGGAGGUCUCAUCGCAAA